CCGGAAAAAGUGGCAAGAAGCGGGAGGCAAUCGGUCCCUCUGAAGCUGGAGAGCAUGAGAGAGAGAGAAAAAAUCCUUUGUCUUGUUCUAUCUUUAGCCAGAUAUUUGAUGUUAUUCCCUGGAUUUUUCUUCCUUGGAUGCCAGGGGCGGUGGGAAGAGACUGGGAGGAACGCCCCCGGUACUUUCGGGAGAGAGCUCAACUAUCAUUACAUCUGAUCUGGAGAGAGAGAGCGAGAGAGAGAGAGAGAGGGAAAGAAAGAGAGAGAGGGAGGGAGAAGGAACGACUUCCAGGCCAGGAUUAUGUAUGUGAGCUCUUUGCUGUUAAUUCUCGUGGUUCAGAGACUUGCUCGGAGCUGUCCAGCAUUUUGUAACUGCAGGAAGAAGACGGCCGAUUGUAGCCAGAGAGGGCUGGUCGUGGCCCCCACUGGCUUCCCUCUGGACGUUUCCAACCUCAGUAUGGCUCACAAUAAACUCCACUCACUGCCUUUGGAUUACUUUUCCUGCUACACCGAACUGCUGGUGUUGGACCUCCACAACAACUCUCUGAGUGAGCUGCCUGACCAGCUCUUUGUACCCCUGAGAAAGCUGAUGCACUUGGACCUGAGUUACAACAACCUCAGCCGGGUGACUCGCGAACUGCUGGAGCCCACCCAGAACCUGGCCACCCUCACCCUGAGCCACAACCCCGGGCUCUCCGUCAUCGGGUUCGCCUCCCUGGCUCGCCUUCAGUACCUGGACCUCAGCCACAGCGGGCUCACCUCCAUCAGCCAGCAGCUGCUGGACAGCCUCCCGUCCACAGUGUCGCUCCGCCUGGCCGGCAACCCCUGGUUCUGUGGCUGCACCCUGGAACCGCUGCUGAAGUGGCUCCUGAAGCGUGUCCACCAGUGUAACUCCGAUUCCAGGGAAGUUGUCUGUGCCGCCCCGGGGCAGGUCAAAGGCACUCCUCUUUUCACCCUGACUGAAGAGAGCUUCAAGGCCUGUCGAUUUUCGCUGAGUCUGGACGACUACCUUUUCAUCGCCUUUGUGGGCUUCGCUGUGUCAAUUGCAUCAGUUGCCAUGAACUUCUUGCUGGGGAUAACUGCUAACUGUUGCCACCGCUGGAGCAAGGCCAGCGAAGACGAAGAGAUGUAACCUGGGCCAGGAAGUCCGCCUGUGAUUACAACUUCCAGAAUGGAAAAAGGGAUUUUGACUCCUCCUAGUUGGCUCGCCAUCGCCCCUUCACCUACGCCACCCACCUUUUAACUUUGCCUGCAGGAGGCACGAGCAGGAGGAGGAGGAACGGGGAGGUGAUGUUUCAACCGCAAAGCCACAGAAAGGCCGAGGCAAGGCUUCGCAAGGUGCCAACCUUCCCUUUCAGAAACUUUGGGAGUGAGUCUGGGUGGUGAGGAUUCUGAGGAAGAUUUGUCAAGAGCUGCUGAUUUGAAGAAGCUGUGUCUGUUUGGAUUUGGUGGUCAUUUUCAUUGCAAAAACAGUUCCCACCACACUGGAGGAGGGACUGAAUAUUGAAUCUCAAAUUUCAGUGCAAAAUUGGAAAACCCAGUGAUUCCCAACUUCCCUUGUUAAUGGCAACUGGUGGGAUCGCCCCUGUAAGAAAGAUUGACGAGUGGGGAAGGGCAGUGACUAAAGUCUGCUCUAACUGGGACUCUGAUCUGCAAACUGCGUGGACCUGACAGCUUUUCAAAACAGGGGUGAAGAAGAUGAGGCUAAAGAUUCUGCCAUCGUUCUCUUCCUCCGUGUAUCACCUAAGAAGAAGUUCUUCAGACGUAUUUAAUGUCAGUGAGCAGGAAGAUAGUCUGCCAUCGACGUAAGUGGCUCUCGGAAGCCAAACAUAUUUUGGUUGCACAGGAAUGCAGAGGCCUUUUACUUGAGCAUGUGGGAUUUCUGAACUUUAUUGCAUGCAGCAAGGGGACUGGCAGGUGUUUCUGCUCCACAAACCCUACUCCUAACCUUCUAUCUCACCCUGAUCACAAAACUGGGCAGUUUAAUAAUGUUUAAGGGGUGUUUUCUGCAGGUAUGUGACUCCUGUAUACAUUGUGAGCUACCAUUGUUAGACUGAAUCUGAACUGUCCAACUCAUUGGUGCCGAUUGGUAGGUAAAAGCUACAUAAUCAUCUAAUUAUUCUUGAUGGGUGAGACCUUAUUAAAAACAAGGCAUUGUUAAACAGCAUAGGGAUACAAUUUUAGUCUGGUUUUUAAAUAUUAUGUAUAUAUAUAUAGAAGCUUUGUACCUUUGAGACUAUUGGGAACAAUUGGCUGAUAUAGAGAAUCCCUAGUGUAUCCCUAAUCCCUAGAUUACUGGCAGGAACAAUAAAAGGUGUGUGUGUAUGUGUGUGUGUGUGAGAGAGAAAGAGAGAGAGAGAGAGAGAGAGAGAGAGAGAGAGAGCACAGUUAACUCCAAAUAAUCCAUCACCCUCUGGAAUUUGGUGGUGACGGGCUAUCAGAUUUUCCAGGAUAUUGGAUAUUAUUCCAGUUAACAUUUCAAAAUACAUUUAGUUCACCUUUUUUAAAGACAUUACACAGUGUCGUUAAUAUAGGUCCUGUAGAAGAGUCUUGGGCCGAAACAUCGACUGUUUAUUAAUUUCCAAAAGAUGCUGCCUGACCUGCUGAGUUCCGUCGGCAUUUUGUGUUUGGGGCAUCUAAUAAGGUUUGCAGUGAACAUUGGUUCAGUUCCUCAAGUGUUUUUGUGUGGCGUCUAGUGAGGUUUAUAGUGAACAUUGGUAAGUUUAGAUAAAGCAUGCAGAACAGGGCCAAGUGAGUUAAAAAGAAAGUGGGAACAGGAUCCCAGUGAGUUUAUAGGGAGGGUGGGAAAUGGGGCUCCUGCGAGUUUAUUUAUCAGAGUGAGAAUCAGAAUCAAGUUUAUUCUCAUUGGCAUACUGUAUGUUCUGAAAUUUGUUGUGUUACGGCAACAGUACAGCGUAAGACAUCAAAUUACAAUCAGUUACAAAAAUCAGUAGUGCAAAAGUGAGAUAGUGUUCAGGGGUUCAUGGACUGUUUGGAAAUCUGAUGAUGGAGGGGAAGGGGCUGUUCCUAUUUAGUUGAAUGUAGGUCUUCAGAUCCUUGUACUUUUUUGCUGAUGGUAGUAACAUAAAGAGGGCAUGGCUCAGAACACCUUCCUAUAGUGCAGUGACCAGAACUAUACACAAUACUCCAAGUGUGAUCAAAGUUACAACAUAACAUCAAAACUCUGAUAGCAUGACAGCGGCUAUAUUUCGUUAGGAGGAGAUUUGGUAGGUCAUCAAAGACACUCACAAAUUUCUACAGUGGAGUGCAUUCUAACUGGCUGCAUCACUGUCUGGUAUGGUGGGGGGGGAGUGUGCGGACACUGCACAGGAUCAAGGUAAGCUGCAGAGACUUGUAAACUUAGUCAUGGGCACUAGCCUUUGUAGCAUCCAGGACAUCUUCAAGGAGAAAUGUCUCAAAAAGCUGGCAUCCAUCAGUCAGAACCCCUGUCACCCAAGAUAUGGUUUCUUCUCACUGCUACCGUCAGGGAGGAGGUACUGGAGCCUGAAGGCACAAACUCAGUGAUUCAGGGACAGCUUCUUCCCCUCUGCCACCUGCUUUCAAAUUUCUGAGUGAACAUUGAACACCUGAACACUACCUCACUACUUUUUUUUGCAUGACUUACUAUUAUAUACUUGAACUGUAAUUUACAAUUUUUAUCAUUAAGUAUUGCAAUGUACUGUUGCCAAGAAAACCAACGAAUUUUAUGACAUGUGCCAGAGAUAUUAACCCUGAUCCUGAUUCUAAUGGAUGCUGCCUUCUUGAGGCACUACCUUGUGAAGACGUCGUUGAUAAUGGGUGUGUGGUACCCGUGAUGGCACUGGCUGAGUGUACAGCCCUCUGCAAACUCUUGUGAUCUGUGCAUUGGAGCCUCCAUACCAGGCUGCGAUGCAACUAGUCUGAAGAAUCUACAGCGUGGAUUGGUAGAAAUUUGUGAGAGUCUGUUGUGAGUCUAAAUCCCCUCAUACUCCCAAUGAAAUGAGUCACUGGUAUGUCUUGGUCAUGACUGAAUAAGGAUAGACCUUCUGAGAUGUCAACGCCCAGGAAUUGAAAGCUGCUCAUUCUUUCCUCCAGUGAACCCUCAGUGAGGACUCAGUCAUAGCAAAGUACAGCACCAAAAAAGACCAGCUAGUCCAUGCUGAACCACUGAAACUGCACCGGGACUAUAGCCCUCCACACCCCUACCACUCACGUACCUAUCCAAACUUCUCUUCAACGUUGAGAUUCAGCUCGCUUGCACCUCUUGCACAGGAGCUCAUUCCACAAUCUCACACUCUUAGUGAAGGAGUUUCCCCUCUUUCCCCAUUUGUGUGUGCUCUCCUGACUUGCCCUUCCUGAAGUUCACAAACAAUUCCUUUGUUUUGCUGCCACUGAGGGUGCACUUAAAAGGAAUCUGGAAGAAGGGCCUGGGAGAGCUUAUAAGGAGUGGAGUGAACAGGGCCCUAAUGAGUCUAUGACGGUAAAUAGAUAGGUAACAUAUUUUAUUGAUCCCAAGGGAAAUGACAGUGUCACCGUAGCAUUACAAGUGCACAGCUAUACGAAUAUUGAAGUAAGAAACAAUAAAAAAUAAGUUAGCUUAAACAUAAGAUGUACAAGAUUUAGAAGUCAAAGAUUACAAGAUUUAGAAGUUCACACUGAUAAGACGGCAGUGCAAGAAUUACCAUAAUAUCAUACAUGGGUGCACGUUCACAUCAUGUCUAAAUGUCUGAAAUGGGGCUUCUUUGAAUCUAUAAGGGAUAUGAGAAACAGCUCUGGUGAGUUUAUAAAGAAUUGGAGAACAGAGCCAGGAUGAGUGUUAGGGAAAUAAAUUUGCUAAGAAAAUUCAAUUAAAGUUGAUCACUAAUAAAGUGAACAUGGGCUUCGAAGUGACUGGAGAAUACCUUUAUUCAUGAGUAAGGGAAGAGUGACUCGCUAAUGGAGUGAUCGUCAGGUCUUCCAAAGAACAAUAGUCACUGCCUUUUUAUACUGUGAUGCACACACAGGCAAUUACAUCAGUUAAAAAAAUCAAUUCUGUGUGUUUUGUCAAUUCCCAAGAAAAUGCCAGAGACAAUCUCUUCUGCCCAAACACACAGACGUAGGCUGUUCAAAAAUCCCUGAAACUAAGAUAGGUUAUUGCAAGCAUGCUGAGAACCCAGGGUGAAUGGUGAGUCUUUAUUUAUGAUAUAAAGUAGGUCCAUUAAGUUUUUAGAUAUAGUAAGUCAUUGCAGUACAAAAGCCUAAUUUAUUUUAUAUAUUAGUACCAGACAGCUGAAAGAAAACCAGACAUACUUUUUAACUGUCAGACAGCCCAUAGGGUUCUCCCUACAAUCUACAAACUUCAUCUUGCUGCUGUGAUAUAUACUUAGAUCAGCACUAGGCAUGUUGAAAAUUAAAGGAAGAUGCAGGCUGUUAACAGCUCAGAUAUUUUAACCCUUUAUACAGAAUUUUCUUCCACAACAAAUUUGUUCAGAGUGUUAGAAGGAAUCCCCAGUGUUUUAAGAGGAGUGUGGGAAUCGAAAGAAGUUGGGACCACUCCUUUUCACGUUAGAUCAUGUCACGAUUUGGAUGAUAGAAUUGAUGGCUUUGUAGCCAAGUAGGCAGAUGAUACAAAGAUUGGUGGAGGGGCAGGUAGUCUGCAUAAUGACUUAGAUAAAUUAAGAGAAUGGGCACAGAUGUGGAAAAUGUGAAUGAUCUUGUAUUUUAGUAGAAGGAAUAAAGGUAUAGACUAUUUUCUAAAUGGGAAACAAAUCGAGUCUUAGUGCAAGAAUCCUUGAAGAUUAACUUGCAGGUCGAUUUGGUGGUGAGGAAGGCAAAUGUGAUGUUAUCAUUCAUUUCGAGGGGACUAGAGUAUAAAAGCGAGGAUAUAAUGUAAAGGCUUUAUAAGGCAUUGGUCAAACUGCACUUGGAUCCAGAGGAGAUUCACGAGAAUAUCCCUGGAAAGGAAAGGAUUAGCAUAUGAGAGGUGUUUGAUGGCUCUGGGUUUGUACCCACUGGAAUUUAGAAGAAUAAGGGGAAUCUCAUUGAAACCUAUCAAAUUUUGAAAGGCCUAGAUACAGUGGAUGUGGAGAAAAUUUUCCUAUAGUGAGGCAGUCUAGGAAUCAAGGCUAUGACCUCCGAAUACAAGGAUGUCCCUUUAGAACAGAGAUGAGGUGAAUUUCUUUAGCCAGUGAGAGGUGAAUCUGUGGACUUCAUUGUCACAGAUGGCUGUGGAAGCCAAGUCAUUAGAUAUAUUUAAAGUGGAGUUAGAGGUUCCAGGGAGAAUGGGGUUGGGAGGGAAAAUAAAUCAGCUGCGAGGGAAAGGCAGAACUGCCUCGAUGGGCCAAAUGGUCUAAUUCUACUCCUAUGUCUUAAGAUCUACCUUCUGGUGAGGCAGCUGCUGAAACAUCUGUGUUUACCAACAGUCCGACAGUGGAAUAUGGGACUUCAGGACAGUGAGUGUCAGGUGGGACUUAAGGAGUUUCUCCCUGGAAGUCAGCAUGAACACUGUGGGCAGGAUGACAUUCUUCUGUGUCAUUAGGCCAAACAGCUCUGUUCAAACAAAAUCAUUAGCUUUGUUGCAGACUCGUUUAUUUAUCUAAUGUACCUUGAAACAUUCAUUGAAAUAUGGUGCUUGGUCUUAGAAAGAUGAUAAGCCCCAGGAAUCAUGCAUGGAAGUAGGUUCUUCAGUCCAACCCAUCAAUGCUGAAUAAGAUAUCCAUCUGAGAUUCUACCCUUCGCCCAUGUUUGGUCCUGUCUACACACCUGUCCAAAUCUCUUUUUAUUUUUGCAUUUGGAUCUGCCUCUGGCAGUGCAUUCUGUAUACGCACCACCCUCUGUGUGAAAACGUUGCUCAUUGUAUCCGUUUUAAAUGUUUCUCCUCUCUCCUUAAACCUAUGCCCUCUGAUUAAGACUCCCCUGCCUUGGGGAGAAAAGACACCGGCUGUGCAAAGUUGAAAGUAAACUUAUUAUCAAAGUCCGUGUAUGUCACCACAUGCUACCCUGAGAUUCACUUUCUUGCAGGCACUCACAGUAGAACAAAGAAAUACAAUAGAAUCAAUGAAAAACUACAUAAAGACUGACAAACAACCAAAGUGCAAAAGAAGAUGAACUUUACCUUUUGCAAAGACACAGUGCACCUAAUGCAUGGCCUUGAUGAUUCAGUAAACCUCCAUAAUAGGGGUUCCCAACCCUUUUUAUGCCAUGAACUGAUACCAUUAAGCAAAGGGUCCAUAGAACCCAAAUUGGGAACCUCUGCUCUUUAUGAUCACCCCUUGGCCUCCUAUGCUCUCCAGGGGAAGCAAUCGCAGCCUACUUAGUCUCUCCUUAUAACUUUGAUCCUCAGAACUCAGGUGACCAGAGCUGUACACGGUUAUCCAAAUGUGGCCUUGGCAAUGUGUUGCAGAGCUGCAACAUGAUAUCCCAAGUGUCUGGGGACUGGAUAAACAAUAGGACCAAGGUACAAAGAAUCCUAGCUGCAACACCUGGCUUCAUUGAUGUAACAUCUUGAUUAUGGUUAAGAAUUGCCUGUGGGUGGGGAGCGCAAAGGGACUAGAGGGGCAGGUGAGUUUUGUGGAUUAAAAACCAUGAGCUGGGCGGUGCAAGCAGCUGAAGGCUCUUUUAUCGGUGGCCGCACAGUAGCAUAGCGGUUACUGCAACACUAUUAAAGCGCCGAUGACCCAGGUUUGAUUCUACCGCUGUCUGUAAGGGGUUUGCUGAUUUGUCCUGUGACCACAUGGGUUGUGCCUGGCUGUUCCAGUUUCCUCCUACAUCUCAGAGGUGUACAGGUUAGUAGGUUUGUUUGUUUGUCUAUUUAUUUAUUUAGAGAUACAGCAUGGGACAGGCCCUUCCAGUCCAAUGAACCGUACCACAAAACAACCCAUUUAUUUAACACUACCCUAAUCACAGGACAAUUUACAACCACCAAUUAACCUAAUAAACAGUUCAUCUUUGGACUGUGGGAGGAAACUGGAGCACCUAGAGGAAACCCACACAGUCACAGGGAGAGCAUACAAACUCCUUGCAAAGGGUGGGAAUUGAACCCUGAACAGCAAUAGUAUUGUACUAUUGGUCACAUGGGUGUAAUUGAGCAGCAAGAGCUCACUGAGCCGGACGGGUCUGUUACUGUGCUGUGUCUCUAAAUUAAAAAGAAUGAAAACUGGAGAUGGGCAGAGUCCAGAAUUAGAGAAAUCGCCUGAGCUAUCUUAAGAAGUGAUAACAACUCCAUUCAGCUCCACCUCCCAGGUCUGGGAUUUAUCAACUAUUCCUUGUUGCCUUAGCAACAACGUGCAUCACGGCCUACCUUGACCCGAGCCAGCUCUUGAUAGCCCUCCUUCUUGACAAAAGUUGAUGAGCUGGUUGGUCUUCUAUAAGAGUUAUAUAUUUAGUCAUUGUUUGUUUAUUUAUUAUUCUUUCUUUUUUUUUGUAUUUGCAUGGUUUGUUGUCGUUUGCACACUGAACGCCCAAGUUCAUUGAUUCUAUUAUGGUUAUUAUUCAAUGGAUUUAUUGACUGUGCGUGCAAGAAAAUGAAUCUCAGGGUAACAUAUAUGUACUUUGACAAUAAAUUGACUUUGAACUUGAACUUGAA